UGCAUAGCAGGCUAUGCCAUUCACUAUGGCUACCACAACGUUUCACUAGUCUAGGAUUUUGUAAAAAAGGAAAAUAUUCGUGAUUUAUUUAAGUUGUGAGGAUACAAAAACAAAAAUGUGAUAUUCUUUCUUUCAGUGCAAUUUUAUAAAAAACUUUUUGUUUUCCCAUAAAAAUAAAAUAAUUUUUGAGAGAGACCUAAGUCAUUGUGCGGCGACAAACAUUUUUAAUGUUGUAAUAUCUGUUUUUUUGUUGUAAUUACACAUUUUCAAUAAAUUAACCAACUAUUGAGAAAUUGUAUUGUUAAGCAAACAUUUUUAUAAACAAAUUUAAGAUUCUUCUAGGAUAUGUUUGUUCAUAUUGUAUGUUAAGCUUUUAAAGGCAUUCAACAACAAACCCUACGGGUACAUAUCCCAAUAACAACAUAUUUUGUUGUGAGUUUUAUCUGAAAAAUCGUCAUAAAUCGUCAUUACUUAUUAUUUUGCCAUUAGUGCCUGAAAAAUACUUUUUUUUCCAAUUUAAAUAUAAUAGAUGAACUCUAGUGAUACCUCUUCAGUAACAUGAUCAUUCAGUAAAAAAGUUGAUAUUUCAUGCCGAAAAUACUAUACAUAUAAACAAAUACAUAUAAUUGACAUUCCAAAAGUUCUGUUAUUUAUGUACCUACAUAAAUUGUUAUCAAUUACCUAUGAAGGACGACAAAUGAACUAGAUCGCAAUUUCGUUUAAUCGUGAGUGGGGCAAGCUAUAGGAUAUAUAUUUGAAACAGUCAUAUAUAUCAACAUAAACAUAAUCGGGUUGAAGACUAUAAAUGAACAAUAAGCAUAUACAUGAUCUUACUUUGCGAUUAUCUCAAUCUCUCGAUCAGAACUAUGAUGUCGUUAGUAUGGAGACAGUUUUGUCGGUCAUUUCGGCGCUGGAGGGAACAACGAUUACAAAGGAACAACUGGAAGCCACCAGAUUGGCCAAGUACAUUAAUCAACUAAGAAGACGUACAAAAUGUGAAAACUUAGCUCGCCGUGCAAAAUCUUUACUGAAAAAAUGGCGGGAAAUGGUAGGAAUACAACAGUCAAGUGAAUCAUCAUCAGCAGUGGUAAGUUCAGGCGCAGUAACUGCAACUGGGCCCACUGUGAGUAACCCUAUUUCUACUCCAACCGCACCUUAUAAUAUGCCAGUCACCGACAAUGCAGUUUCUACUUCUCAUUUAAAAAAUCCUCAAAUUAGCCAUCAACAACAAAACAGACAAAAUCAAUAUCCAACUAGUGUAAAACAACAUCAAAUUCAACAGCAGCCUUAUCAUUCACAACCAUCCUCUCCUGUAAAUCUACAAGAUAAAUCCAAUCCCAAUGAAUAUUUAAUUUCUAUGUCUAAUCCUGCGACCGGUUCACAGAUGACAAAAAGCUCAAUAACAAAUAUACGUAAGAAAAAAAGACUUGAGAAAAGUUUAAAUAACGAAUUAAUAACUCAGCAACAACCGAAACAACAACCCACAAGUUUUGCCAAUUUAAUUACUGGUUUAGGUAGUACCUUUCCUUUAGAACGAAAAAAUCCACGCGAAAAAUGCGAACCUGUUGCGUCGACCGUAAAUCCAGUAGAAACAUUUAUAAUCGAACACUCAUCAAAUUCGAACUCGGAUUUAAUAUGUUUACCAUCUAACAAUACUGUUAGCAAUUUUACCUCAGCAACUGAUGUUCCUCCCGUUGUAAUUGAUUUACAAGAUACCAAUUCUAGUAUGACUUCAUUAGUGUCAAAAGAUCUAACAAAUGCAUCCUCGUCGUACUAUAAAACAAAAACUUCUACUAAGAAAUCGAAGAAAGAGAAAAAACGGAAAGAUCGUAACAUAACGUCACGUAAAAAUCAAUCGAUACAGGACUGUGAAGAUCAAAAUACAACAACUGCUUCCUAUCAGCAUAAAAGAACAAAUGAUGUACUACAACUAGAUGAAAAGUCACAUUCUGCCUGUCCUACAAUAUCAAAUAUAUCUGAUGCAAUAUCCAAAAAUGUUUUCCAGUCCGGUCAAAAUGAUUUAGCUGCUUCAUCUGUCAAAAUGUCUAACGCAGAUUUGACAUUUGCAGGUAAAUUUAAAAAUACUAGUUCAACUUCAGGAGGAUGUAACGUCUUGAAUUAUAACAGCGAUAGUAUGAAUGUAAAUAUUUUGACGAGUAACUCUCCUAACCAAAACAAAUUUUCACUAUUUGGGGGUGGUGUUGGAACAACAAAUUCAAAUGACAGUUCAUCAAAUAGUCGAAAUUCACAAUUUAAUGUUGUAAAUGCUAUCAAAACAGAAGCAAGUAAUAGCAAACAUAAUAUGGAAGAUAUACUAGUGAAGCCUGAUAUUAAUGAUAAGUCGAUGUCGAAUAUGUCUAACAAAGGAAACUCUUCGACGGAUAACUUAUUUGCUGGUGUAGGCUCAUCAACUAUUACACCAUCGCAGCAACAGCAAUCUAUAGAUUUGACAACAAUGGAUUUUUCGUCACAACAAGCUGUAAAACAACCAAAGAAAAGAGGUCGUAAAAAGGGCUCUAAAGGAGUUGACUCCGUUAUUGCAAAGGAAACUAGUUUGUCAUCACAAAUGCUGAUAUCAUCAUUAAGUGUAGGUGGUAAAAAAGUCAAAACUACUAAAGAACUCUAUGCUGAAAUGGAAAACAGAAAACUGCAAAAUGUCAAGAUAGUGGGACUAGGUGAAACAGCAGGUAAUUCGUCUGGCAAUUGGAAUGCACAACAACAACAGCUUCAACAGAAACCAGUGAUUUCCCGCCGUCCAUCAUAUUGCUCAGACAUUGCUGAAAGUGACAGCUGUACAAUGACUUCUGAACCUUCUCGCGAUAGUGGAAACACUCUAAGUAAGAAUAUAGGUAAGCGUGAGACUCCAAUGGAUAAUAAUAGCAAUUAUUCCGAGUUAAAAAUAUCCAUUGUAAAAGGCGAUGAUGGUAGUACGAAUACAAUAGAUCCAAAUUCAACUUUAGCAAUAACAACAAAAAUUAAAAAGGAAAUACAAGAAAUUUUAAAAUUAUUAACACCACCACCUAGUAUAAAAGAAAUUGAAUACGAUUGUUAUAAUAAUAUAACACCAUGUACUUGUACUGUUGAAGAAGUUAUUGUUCCUGCAGAAAAUGAUCCCAAUGAAAAUAGUAAUGGUGAAAGUAGCAUAGCAGAUAUAAAUUUGAAUGUUGUUGCACAACCACAAAUUCCGAAAAUGGAAAACAGUAGUUUUACAGUUAAUAAUAUUAGAAUUGCAACCGUUAGUUCUCCACCAAAAAGUAAUCAGAAUGUUUCAAUAUUGCCGCAGCCACCACCAAAAAUUAAGAAAUCUAUUUUUGAUUUGGAUUUUGACGAUGACGAAGACCCCUUAAAAUCAAUAAUAGCCGAUAUUGUUGGCAAGAAUUCGAAAUCAGACGCGGAGGUAGAAACAAACGUACCAGUUGUUGAUGAAAAACCUGAUAUCCCAUUAAGCACCGACGAUGAUAUCGGUAAAGUAGUUGAUCAUCAAACUGCACCAUCAUAUGCCUUAAACGUUCCUACAACUUCUUCUGAUAUGAUAGUAUUUCCCUCGUAUGAAAUUAAAUUCGACAAGGAUUGUGAAGCUAAAAACCGUUUCGAUGUACAGACACAAAAAAUAACAAAAUUUCACAUAGAUACUUUGCAUAAUUGUUUUAUACCCAAUGUAAAUGGCAACUGGAAUCAUUCCGAUUAUAUUGCAAGCGCUGAUUGUUCAUCUCAGACAUUGGAACGAAAUUUGAAUGGUCAUGACCAGGGGCAAGAAGAUUUAAUUAUGGAUGGUUACGAUGUAGUGCCAUUGUAUGGUUCGGAUGUAAAUGAACAAAUCAUUAAGGAUCUAAGCCAUGUUAAAUUUACAAAAAAAUAUAAAUUUAAACACACAAAAUGCAAAAAUGAAAUAUUAUUUCAUAUACCUUUUUUGGGCGUAUCCCGUACACCUGAUGUUGCAUGUGUUUCAGAUGUGAAAAUGGGAAACAAAUACUUACACAAAAUAAAGUUGGAAGAAGAAAAAGAAAAUGAUAAUAAGAUAAAUUUUACUAAUAUGAAAAACAAUGAUAUAUUACCCAACGAAAAAGAAGGAUGUGAUGCCAAAGAGAUGGAGAGGGUACAAAAUGUUGACUCUUUAAAUACUAUUAAUUUAGCCCCUGAAAAAACAAACUUAAAACGAACCAAGGAAUAUAAGACAUUGAAACGAUCCAGGAUAAAACGUAUAAAGUCAACAAUUUCAUAUGAUAAAAAUUAUGAAGGUAACAUAAAAAACAAAGAAUUCCCUAAAAAUAAUCAACAUACGUCUUCUAGUGGUGGUGAUUCUGACUCAGAUUCUUUUGAUGGCGACUUUGUUAACGACCAUAACUAUGUUUCAGAAGCUGAUCAAAAUAUCAGCAGCCAGGAACAAGACAGUAACAUUAGUAAUGAAUUUGAACAAGAGGUUGUAAAUCAAGACAUCAGUCAACACAAUGAAGGUAAAAAUCAUAUUGUAUUGAUAAUUAAGAAAACCGCCGGCUCCCCCACCUCUUCCAACUUAAAAACAAACUCCCCAUUAAAUUCCCUAACUCACUUGUCAUCAGAGAAUAGUCGUGAGGAAAACGUUAACCUUAUAUUUGUUGCAAACGAGGUUAAAAAUGAACGUAACUAUCAUAAGUCUGAUAGCGAAGGAGACAUCAAAAUGUCUUCAUUACAACAACAAAAACGUUUAAGGAAGAAAGCAAUUAAACGUAAAAAUGAUAAUGUUACAACUCAUAAACUACAUAAUACUUUAUUUUAUCAUGAAGAACUAUUUCCGAUGGUUUGGAAUGGUUCUUAUUGUCACAAAGAACGCAUAUUUCAAAUAAGCAGCUGCAGUUCUGGUUGCAGUGAAGACGAAGAAUCAGCUAAUGUAAAUCUUACUAAAAAAUCCACUAUAUCUUCACCGUCAUCUUCGAUAUCAUCAGAACGUUCUGACAAUAAAUAUGAAGGCCAUAUGUUUAAUUUGCAACAUGAUAUAAUACAGUCAGAGUUUUUAAAGAGGUGUACUAUGCCCACUGUACAAAGAGACAUGGAAAUUGACAAUCUGGUGUCAGACAAUAUAAAAAUCCAAAGCGAAGACGAAGAAGGAGAUGAUGAUGAUCUACCAGAAGAAAAUAAUCAUAUGUUGUUAUCAUUCAAUAAUAUAUGCAACAAAUAUACCCGCGAUGAAAAUGCUGACAAUUAUAAACAACCACAAGAAGAAAAUAAAGACCACGAAGAAAAUAACAUGCUGAAGCAGCAACAAAAAAAUUGUGAUGACUAUAAUAAUUUAAAUAAUAAUAAUUUUAAUUUAAUUAAAUAUAUUGAUAAUAAAACUAGUUCUGUUAAUAAUAUUAAUAAUAAUUCAUGUAGCAAUAAUUACUCAGAUACAAACAUCGUAAUAAGCAGCAGUAGUUGUAGUCAUAAAAAUCCCACAAAUUACGUUCUUAUUAACCAAAAAAAUCUCAAUAACAACGACAACAAUAGUAUGAAGGAGGAAGAAAUAAAGCCACUCAAAGAAUAUCAAACUGGCAUACGUGCCGUAGAUGAGGAUGUUAAUGAUGAUGAUGGUAAUAAUUGCGCCCGUUUGCAAAAGUUUAAAGAAUGGCAUGAGGUUUUACAAUUACGUUCAUACAACGAUGAAUUAUUAACAGUUUUGCCAUAUGUUGUACUUGAAUAACUUAAUUUUCUUACAAUUAUUUUUCUAUUCAAACUUUUUUUAAUUUUAAUUUUGAAUUCUUGUACUUAGUAUACCCUUCUUGAAAUAGAAAUAAGACACAUUUUUUCACAAAAAUGCA